AACUCUAAGUUACUAUUUCCAGUAUAUUUGGGGCCAAUUACAUCUGGCUAUGGGGGCAGUUGGUCGGGGCCUGUGAUACCAAAACUACGCGACCUUGAACAGUCCCCGCUCCCGUAUUUCCUGACUGAGACACAACUGGCCCUAAUCGGAAGUUUCGCUUACUUGGGAGCGAUACCGGGUCCAUAUAUAAUGACUUGGUUAUCAAAUACAAAAGGAAGAAAACCUUGUCUGAUAGCCAGCGCUUUGCUGGCACUAUUGGGUUACAUUAUUUUGGCAACAGCGCAAAAUCUGGCAAUGCUGUAUAUUGGUAGAUUCCUUAAAAGCGUAGCGACUGGUACCAUCAAUAUUGUGAAUUUUGUUUACAUCGGUGAGAUUGCAUCUCCAAAAAUCAGAGGAAUUUUGCUAUCAAUAAUUGGAACAAUGUUCACGGUGGGUUCCGUACUAAUAUAUGCCACCGGACCAUACAUCUCAUAUCAUGGGACAACUUACAUUGGCAUCGCUUUAUGUAUACUUCACCUUAUUCUAAUGUCAUGGAUACCAGAGUCGCCAAUUUUCUAUGCGUUACAGGGUAAAGACAAAGAAAUAGUAAAGGUUCUAGAAGAUUUGGGCAGAUCACAAGACGUAGACGAAUUAUUAGAAAUGAAAAAGGAACUCGCUGAGUCGAACACUAAAAAAGAGUGGCUGGAAUUGUUUUCUGUGAGAAGUAACAGAAAAGCACUGUUCGUUGUCGUUGUCAUAAAUGCUUUACAACAUGGCAGUGGAGUUAUGGCAGUAAUUUUCUUUUCCGCCGCCAUCUUUGAAAUGGCUGGAUCUCCAAUAGACGGGAAUAUAUCCAUGAUCAUAAUUGGAUGCUGUCAACUAGUGGGCAGCACUGUGACGCCAUUCUUUAUUGAAAGUACAGGAAGGAAAAAGAUUUUGAUUAUAUCAAGUGCAACAUGUUGUUUAAGUAUGUUCGUACUUGGAUUAUACUUUUACUUAGACCUCAUCGGGAAUUCUGUAAUAAAUUACAUAAUGUGGUUACCGUUGGUGGCUUUGAUCGUUUUCUACGUUGGUUAUGAUUUUGGUCUCGGCUCAAUCCCAAAUACGAUAAUAGGGGAAAUGUUCACAACCAGUGUUAGAGCCAAGGGCUCAACAGUGGCUAUGACGUCAUCAUGGCUGUGUGGGUUCAUGGUGACCACAGCUUUCGGUGCUUUGUUGGAGACCGUCGGAGGGCACAUCUUGUUCUGGUUCUUCUCAGGUGUAUGCGCUUUCGCUGUAUUCUUCACUAUUUUCUUUAUACCAGAGACAAAAGGAAAGACUUUGCUGGAGAUCCAAGAAGCUUUAUCAUAAGUUUUACAA